GUAGGUAACUCUAAUACCACUGAACAAGCAGACUCGAUAAAACCAAUGCCUGCUAGCAAUAAUUGGAAAUCGUUCGUCACAGCAACAAGAAGCUACAGUACAUUGUGCGAGAGCCAUGUGUAGUGCACAGACCCCCAAGUUUGAGACUCUGAACGUCACCAGACCGCGGGACAUGGUGGUUCAGGUUGAGCUGAACAGACCUGAGAAGCGGAAUGCCAUGAACCAAGCUUUCUGGAGAGAGAUGGUCGAGUGCUUCAACUACCUAGAUGGAGACAGUGAGUGCCGUGCUGUUGUACUGACUGGAGCCGGGAAGAUCUUCACAGCAGGCCUGGAUCUGGGAGGCUUCGCUAGUAUGGACAUCAUGCAAAGAGAUGCUGAUGUGGGCAGGAAGGCUUUCAGGAUGCGCCAGAAUCUCAGGCCUAUGCAGGAAUCCUUCACUGUUAUUGAGAGGUGUACUAAGCCAGUGAUUGCUGCUAUCCACAGUGCCUGUGUGGGUGGUGGCCUUGACAUGACCUCUGCCUGUGAUAUACGCUACUGCACCAGCGAUGCAUGGUUUCAGAUUAAGGAGGUGGAUAUUGGUCUGGCGGCAGAUGUUGGAACGCUGCAGAGGUUCCCCAAGGUGGUGGGCAAUGACAGUUUGGUGAGGGAACUGGUCUACUCAGUCAGGAAGUUCUAUGCUGAUGAAGCUCUCUCCAUGGGCUAUGUCAGUCGCAUCUUCCCUGAUAAGAAAGCCAUGGUGGAAGGGGCCCUUGAUUUGGCAGUGCUUAUUGCCAGCAAGAGUCCCAUAGCUGUACAGGGUUCAAAGGUCAGUCUGGUGUAUUCCCGGGACCAUGGAGUGGCAGAGGGUCUGGAACACAUCAGUGUGUGGAACCAAGGCAUGUCUCAGAGUGAAGAUUUGACCAAAGCAACCAUGGCGGCCAUGCAGAAAAAAACGCCAACUUUCUCCAAACUUUAAUCUGUUGAUCAAGACAGUAUCUUCUGUGCCACAUAUUGAGACUAAAAUAAACAUUACAGAUACAUUGCGAGAAACUGUGCUCAAACCAUCGGUGAACUGUAGACUGUUGUACAUUGAUAGGCCGUGAGACUAAUCACUUUGUCCUGAGCUGAGUAAAAUCCUUGAACAACAAGUUGUUCCUUCAGAUAAUAUAGGUAUAGACAUAAACAAGGCUGGAGAGAGCUGUAGGCUAUUUGUUACUUGUAUUUUACUCAAGGUGCCUGUCCCUGUGGUAUGAUCAAAGUGUCUUGGUUUGUGAGAAACAAGAAGCAUGCUUGGAGGACAGCCUAGUGGGUUGUGUGUUUGUUCUAAAGCCCUCAUGAUUCUUUUACCAUCUAUGUAAUGUGUCAAGCCCAUGCUUCGACAUAAAGCUGCACAAUUGCUGUAAACUGAUGAACCUGUGUCCAGAGCUUGAAAAACAUUACCCUUCUUGAUUUGAUGAAGCUGCUUUUGUUGAACUUGAUUGCUUAAGUUUGUCAGCUUGUGCUAGCAUGUCCUUUAUAAUGCAUUACUUGGACAAAUGUUAGUGAUUCUCACAAGCUAUUUGAGGGGCUGGCUACAAAGAUCGAUAAUUGGAAAUAAUGUUGAUUGGAAGAAUUGUAAACGAUCAUUAAUAUGAAAAUUAUGGCAUGGGUAAUAUUGAACAAAAGCUUUUGUGAUGAAAUAUAGUUUUAGCUCAAUAUCACAAUACACAAAGUUAGGUCUUCCAGCAUGGGCUGCUUCUAAAUUAUGUUCAGGAUGCUGUUUGGUUAGUUAUCUAUCCAUGCAUAAAUAUAUCAUGCAAUUUUCAACUGUGAUGUGUAAUAUGUUGAUUUCUUCCUGGAGUUUUUGCUUAACGUCACUUCUCCAAUAUAUAUUGAGAAUAGAUCAAUAUUUGAUCUCUGUGAUCUAUAUUGAUAGUCAGCCUUAGAUAUAACCAUACAAAAUACAACCAGCAUAUAUCAUAUUUAUAUCCAGAUAUAUUUGUGUUUCAAAUGAAGUGGUUUUAAUAAAUUAUUUUUGUAUAUA